GUACUUAUAACAUGUUUGAUGAACUAGCCCGGAGGAAUUCAUAAUUCCGUUGAUCAUCUUCAUCCAACAGUUAUACUCCGAACUGAUUCGUUUUCUGUUAUCUACUAUUGAACUAAGAGCCGAUUAUGUUUCGAGCACCAUGAACCUACAAUCAGUGAUUGAGUUUCUUGGAUGUGUUCCGCUGCUACAGAAGCUGCCUAGUUCGUCUCUAAGGGCAGUGGCUGAAGUGGCCGUCGUCAAGCACUACGAGAGUGGAGAUUACGUUCUUCGUGAGGGUGAAACAGGAGCUGGAAUCUAUUUCAUAUGGGAGGGAGAGGCCGAAGUACAUGGUUGCGGUGAUGCAGAUGGAGAAAAUCGUCCAGAAUUUCAGUUAAAGCGUUAUGACUAUUUUGAUAGUGGAACCUCAAGAUCUGUACAGGAACCUGAUAUAGUUGCUUUGUCUAAGCUAACAUGUUUGGUCCUACCUCGGGAACAUUAUUCAUUGUUAAAUCCAAUGUCCAUCUGGAAUGCUGACAGAACUCGUGAUACAUUUGCAGUUGUUGAGAAAAUACUGCAGUUAGAGCCUCUGGAAGCGAAUACAUUCCAAGGGAUUACUUUACCCGAGGCUCCAAAAUUUGGAAAGGUUUUUGGUGGGCAGCUAGUUGGUCAGGCACUGGCAGCAGCGUCAAAAACUGUUGAUUCUCUCAAGUUUGUUCAUAGUUUGCAUGCAUAUUUUCUUCUGGUUGGGGAUUGUGAUAUGCCGAUUAUAUAUCAAGUUCACCGUAUGCGUGAUGGAAACAGCUUUUCUACCCGGAAAGUGGAUGCAAUACAGAAAGGAAAUAUCAUUUUUACAUUGCUCGCUUCAUUUCAAACAGAAGAAGAAGGCUUCGACCACCAGAUUCCAAAAAUGCCAUCUGUGCCAUCUCCAGAUAAGCUUGUAUCAAUGGAAGACUUGCGUAAGAGACGCCUUACAAAUCCAUCUCUUCCUAGGACUUACCGUAACAAGGUAGCUUCCAAGACGUUUAUUCCUUGGCCAAUUGAUCUACGAUUUUGUGAGCCUAAUAAUGCAACGGACCAGACCAAAUCUCCUCCCAGUUUGAAGUAUUGGUUUAGAGCAAAAGGAACACUAUCAGAUGAUCAAGCCUUGCACAGGUGUGUAGUAGCAUACACUUCUGAUCUGAUGUUUCUUUCAGCAGGCUUGAAUCCCCAUCGUAGGAAGGGUUUGAGGGCAACUUCCGUGAGCUUGGAUCACUCGGUGUGGUUUCACCGACCUUUAAGAGCUGACGACUGGCUGCUAUUUGUGAUGCACGCGCCUACUGCCUACAGCACGCGCUGUUUCAUUAAGGGCGAGAUGUUCAACCAAAAGGGCGAGCUCGUCGUCUCGUUGACUCAAGAAGGCGUUAUUCGGAAGGCGAGAGCGCCCAAGUCGUCUCCAGCCUCAAAGCUAUGAAGUGUGUCAUCUAAUGUGGUAGCUUUCAACCUAUACUAUUCUGUACUAUUUGUCCAUAUGAAUGGCUGCAGAAAAAACAGACUACAUUCCUUUUCCCUUCUCCAAAUUAGCAGAAUAUUAUGGUGAGCUUUCAAAGGUUCAAUAUCUAAAACAAUAACUAUAUACAGCAUACAACUAUGUUUAUGGUAUUUCGUGUUUAGA